AUUCUCUGUACCAAAAGAAAAGAAAAAAAGUAAAUUAAUUCUCUGCUCUGAAGCAAAAAUGAAAGGGUUAUUUUCUCACAUAUGAAAGUAGAGAGAAUUGAUACAUACUCAUUGACGCGAACGUAUAUGUCUUAAGAAUCCAUUGGCGGAUUUUACUAGAAUAUAAUUUUGGUUCUUUGGCCUUUUACAUAAAGAUUUGAUUUUUCUCGCAUUCUGCAUUGAGUACUGAAGAGGAAUUUGGGUGAGAGUCUGUUGAUUGAGAAGUGGAGCGGCCAAGUCUACUUCACUGAGGCUCUUUGCUUCUCUGAGAUACAAUGAGCGGCCAGUAUGGGGUAGAUCAAGAUCAAGUGAGCGUUGCUGGAUUUGACGUUCCCAGUUCACCAGAUGCAAGUUACAACAACAUCUACCCUGCAAACGAGGACGAGGGGCGAGAACCGCCUGCGCUGCCCCCACACUUGCAGCAUACUUUGUUAAACCAUCCAACCAACUAUGAUCCUUGUGCAUCUGUUCCGUCACCCCAGAACGUGACUCUAAAUCACCUUUACAUCGAGAACAGAGAACCUCCACGAUCAGUAGUGGCACUCGGGGUCACUCAUCGCUUUCGUUCAAAAUUCGUCACUGUUGUGCUUUACAAACCGGUGCCAAGAAGGUGAAACAACAGCAGGUGAUUUGUGUAAUCAUUACUUUGUUUGUUGGCCCAGAAUUACAAAAAUUGCAAUUUAGCCUUAAAAAAGAAAAAGGAUGUCCAUAUGUAGUUACGGUAAAGCUUCUCUGUGCUCUGUAAACUUCAUUAUCAAGGAUAGUUUGACAAGAGAUUUGAAUUGAAUAUCAUAUUUUAUCCAGUUAA